GGGACUACGGUCAAUAUGAGCACGUUCUGAGAUACCCUUGGUCGCCCUUUCGACCAUAGAUUACAGAUUGGGGUACAAGAAGGUACUUGGUACUUGAAACGUUUUUGUGAAAGAACAUUCAUUAUCCGUGAAAGAUGCACGACGACCUCGGUAAAUCUCGAAUCAUCGGUAGAUGAGAGAAGUAGAUGCAUCGGCUGCAUCGGCCCUGAGGUAAGUGAUAUCAGAUCAGACUGAGGUAAGUGACUGAGGACAGUUUCAACUCGUGUGCUGCCAUGCUGUGCUGGCUACAGCUGCUCAUGUGCAGUCCCAUCCAGGAGCGAAGCACGCGGAGCACACGGAGCACCGGAGCAAUGCUGAGGAAAGGCCCGUUCGCCGAGCUCGUGGAGGCCAAGACCUUGCACCCACGAGCUCUGGUGAUGAUGAGCGACGGCACGGACGGCGCCCACCCACUGGACGCGACCCAAAAGGCUCCGCCCGCCCCGGCGGGGCGCGCGGUGGGGCGCGGCGCCGGCGGCGGCGCCGGCCUCGGGGAGCGCGCGCGGACGUUCCCCAGAGGUAUUCUGGUGACCUCCAAAUCGGCCACCACCUUGUCUCCAAGCUCCAUCUACAGCAACCGCUGGAAAGCUUGUGGCUGCUACGCGCACCUGGCAUCACCGGAGCUGCGUGAUGCCGAGAAGCGCGUGGCUGACAUCCGCCAGAUGAUGAAAGACAAGAAUGACCGGCAAUUCAGUGGGAACUUGUAUCACGCCUAUCGCAAGAUGGCUCACUACUCAGAUGCUGUAGACCCUCACAGCAAGUGUGUCAAUCCAAGGCACUUGGCGCGGUACUUGGGGGAGCUGGGGGUGACCGCCACCGAACAAGAGGCCUGCCGCUUGCUGAACCGGACGGUUUCUGCUGCCAAUCUGCGACGGCCCUUCAGCAUCGCCACCUUCUACACCGUGGCCACGGGGGGCAUCCCAUCCGACAGCAGCGGACGCGCCUCGCGCACGUCCGGUUCCAGUGGUUUCACCGGAUUCCCUCGAAAAGCGGGGGAGGAAUGCAGAGAGG